AUGUGUAUUCCCUUUCAGUUUGUUCAUCAAAAGCAACUAAAAUGGCAGAAACAAGCUCGCGCCGAUCUCCAUUACCAACAGCGUCUUCUCUCUGUUGUUGUGAGCUCUUGGAAGGUACGUUGCUUUGGAUCACGACAGGUCUCUCCUAAGUAGUAACCUGUGUACAGCAGUCCCCUCCCCCCCAAACAAGAUCGUCAUGGCGAGCAUAUUCAUGAAAGCGAAUCUCGGCGUCAGUAACAGACUAACUAAUAUUGUGCUAUUUUCCUGUGUAAUGUUUUAGGAUUACAAGAGUCACGUGCACACUGCUAAAAGCUGCAGCGACAGCAAGCUUCAAAGGUACAACAGCAAACGUUUAAGGUAAGCUAAUAUUUACUUAGCCUUUCUUUCAUGAAGAGACCGCAGUACAUUCCCUUAGUUUUUGACGGAUUAUUAAACCUACUUACCAAGACCCCUUCAAAAACAUCGCUCUAAAACUGUUGUCAGCGUGGUUUUCUGAGUAGACAGCAUCCACUUUGUUGUGUUGAUUUCGAGUAUGAAGUCAGUCCACAACACUACCUCGUGUGACUAUGGACUGGUGUGCGCAGGCCUGCAAACAAAAGUUUUUUAUGUCUCCAUUUGUGUGAACAAAAAAUGUAAGGUGACGAAGAACAGAUGUUUAUUGCCUCCUUCCUCCUGUUCCUUCUCUUUUUCAUCCUUGGGCCUUGACGGCGUGCUUUCUCUUCCAUCCCCUCCCAACGGUUUUGUUCCUGUCCAUCUCCUCCCGUCUUCCCCCCUCUUCUUUCUUACUAUUCCCCACCCCCCCUCCCCCUUUGUCUCUCUUCAAGCAUUUUUGUUGAUAUGGCGCCUCGUUCUCUUCCUCUUUCUUUAACUGCCAUUCAUUCUAUCAACCAAGUUUUUUAUGGCUUCUUUUGGCCAUUACUUUUCUUUGCAGUGAAAGAUUUAUGUUGAAUUAUUUUUUCAGAUCAGCUUUUGAAACUUGGAAGCGUGCUGUCAAAGAAAACAGAGAGGAAAGACAAAACGAAAGCUUCGCGGAAGCCUUUCAGAAUCAAACGCUUCUUUCAAGAGUAAGCGAAACAGAAAAUUACAUCACAUGAAGCUUUGAUUAACUAACUUGCCUUCCUGAUCUCAGUAGUAAGGCACUUUAACAUGAAAGCGGGUAAUUCUAAUAAACGUUUUGUUUUUAAAACAUCGUUUCAGAGUUGAUAUAUUUAUGAAGGUACGGGACUUGACACACGGUAACUCAAUUGACUCGUUUUCUAGUGCUUCACGUGUUGGAGAGAAUUCGCAGCUCACCAUGCAGUCAAGAAAUGGCAGCAGUGGCAGCGUGUGAAGGAGUUGAAACACACGAUUGAGAAAGGUGAAUGAAGCGCUUAAAAAACAUGAUGCAAACGUAUCCUAGACGUGCCUUCUAGGCUUAAACGUUAACCUUGAAAUUUCUAUUUUACUGCUCACAAUUCGGUAAAGUUGAGCUAAGUUGGAAGAUUGUAAUAAUUUAUAGUCAAGCCUCCUUAGUUUAUACUUACACAAACUAAAAGUCACAUCUUCACCUUGUCUGCUUUUGGUUUGUCUCUUCUAGGAAAAUUGGCACGUUCAUUUCGCGCCUGGAAAUCCUUCACACGAAAAUCGGUACAAGAUAAAACCCUGAAACACAAGGCUGAAAACCAUUAUAACACGGCUUUGAAACGUAACGCGGUGUUAACAUGGAAAAGCUUCAUUCAUCUUCGUUUUAGAAUCAAGGUGAUUGGCCUUUUUUUUACUUCCUCGUCCAUAAGGUUAUCCAAAAGUAUCUUUUUUUAAGAUUUUGCUGAAAAGUAAUUUGUUACUGGUAAAAUGAAAAAAACAAAAAAGGUUUUAUGGGAUACUGGGUACGUGCGCUACGAUAAGAAAGUAAGUAUUGCCUUUUUACUUUGGAACUUAAAUGUGUACUAGAUGCCUGAGCAACUAAGAAAAUAUCUUUCCAAGGCUUCAGGUUACAAACAUAAGGAAAUAAAUAUAUGCAUCUCGUUUUUGGCAAUUUUAUCUAGAGUUCUGGUUUGUUUGAAAUGCUUAUCGAUGGUUUUUCCCCAUAGAUUCUUCAAAGACAGAGCAUGUGGCUUCAUAAUCGAAGGAUCGCAGUUGCUUUUUUUUAUAAAUGGAAGAUACAGGUAAGUCGCCAUCUUAUCUUGGUUUCAAUCUACGUUCGCUAUUGUAGUCUGCAUUUGGUGUUGUCACAUCGAGUUUAGGGUAACAAAACCUUAACUUGAAAACGCAAGCAUAAGCGAUGAAAGAAAACUGGAAUUCAGUGGAACAUGGCUGAGUGUUGAGUUUAAAUUCCUUCUUUGCCAAGUUUUCCAGCUCUUUACUGUUCGUGAUUCUUUACUAGAGAUUCGCAGCGACCAAUAACUGACCCAGUGUUUUUGUAAAAUCGGAAAGCAGUCAGUCGUCUCCAGGCCCUCUCUCUUUGUACAUAGUAGUGAUGACGUAACAUCAGUUCGAGGAAUAAGAGAACAAGAUUGUGUUACUGUAUAGCAACUUAAACAAGGAACAAUACACUAGAAUGGACCAAUAACAAGUCAUUUGUGCUUUGUUGCUGGUCCUCUGACCCCAAACAAUUGCCGUUAAGCCUUAUGGGGCACCAGAGUAUUAUAAACUCUUGAACUGUCCAAAAGAGAAAGUAGUGUCUCAGCGCUUCUGCAGUUAGUCGAUAAGAAAACCUCAGAUCUUUAUUUCAGCACUGUGCUGUAAUUCAAGAAAAGAGACGAACAGUUCUGGCGUUAUGGCAGUGGAGCAUCAACUUGCAAAGAAAGGUGGGUCUUGUUAGUAUUAUUUUACCAAAUAAAAGUCCAUUUAUAUCGGAAGAAUUUAUCCACGUCUAAUCUUUUAAUUACAACAAAAAAUGUGUUUUAAAUAUUUUUUCUAGCGAAAUUCCUUGAGGUUAGACGAGGUGAUUGUCGCUUAAACUUGGAAAAAAAAAUUAUAUUUCGUUUUGCUUUUAGAGGAGAAGGAUUGGUGAUGUUAGUUUGAACAAAGUUACCACUGAGUAGCUUAAAUCACGCACCAACUGAGCUUUUUACAUUAGAUUUUUUUUAAUUUUUAUGCAUUAAUUAUCUUCCUCCUUACUUUUACGAUAACCUUCUUUAUACAGACACCUACUCAUGAAAGAACCAAAUACUCGGGAGAACCCCUCCCCCCACCACUCCACCCGCCUCUCCUCGGAUUUGCAAAAGAGUCAAGAUAAAUUGGUCCCGCGCGCUCGCCAUAAUACAAGGCAGUUAACUCAAGACAUGCACGGUGUUUACCUGUGGUGCUUUUAAUCAAUGAUUAUUUUGAUUUCGUUAUCAAGGCGUUUUAUGCUCUCUUGGAAUACGCAAUUGGUCGUAAGCGGAAAGCAGUUCGUAUUAGCAAAGCUUUGGAAGAAAGACGAAACAGGCUUCUGCGUACAAGAGUGACUCGCUGGAUGAAGGUGGCUUUCACUACAAAUUGUCUCGUAGUGGUUUUGAAAUCUCUUUAAUUUUUUGUCAGAAUAGCAACAUGUUUCCUUUACAAUUUCAGGUUGGUUUUUAUCUAGCAGCGGAAAGAGCGAGAUUUGGUCAAGAACGACAGAUGGAGGUAGGAUUGGCUGCGGUACUGUAUUACGCUCUUAAGCAAUUCAACUUUUAAAAUCGUUCCUUUAGUGCCGGUCUUUUUGGGCGGAUUUUUUUAUUUCAAAUGUUUUAUCUUUUUCUUGCAUUUUUAGAAGAAUAUCUCUUCUAAAGGUUAUCUUUUGAUUUUAAUUCCACGAUAAAGGGAAUUAAGGACAACAAACACCCCUUUACCCCCCUCCAUAAUCUGUAAAUGCUUGGUCAAAGUAAUGUUCAAUAUUAGCGGAAUUUUUGGCCGACCUCGUUGACUUUGCUUUAUUGCCCAUAUUUCUUGAUCACGUGUUUACAGGCGGCUCACUCCGUGCAUCAGUGUGUGUAUCGUUGCGCGAUGCACUGGAGACGAAUAACAGCAAAACGACUCAGGCAAAGAGGAGGGAGACCGAGACCGAGACCUGUGGUCGAAGCUAAACCUGAUUGGCCAGUUAUAAGUUUGCCUGGAGCAUCUCGCUCAGUCCCUUUGGUGCAGCCCUUACCUGUAGUAGACCUUCACAGGUAUGUAAGCGGCACAGUUUAUAACUAUUCUUUAUUUUUAUGACCUCAUUUCAAAACUCGUUUGCAAAUUUAAUGUCAUCUAUCUCAACAAAAUGUUCACAGGUUUCAAUGGAAUCUACGUUUUGCGCACAAAAAGCCAUUAGAGACCUUUAGAUUCGAGGACAAUAACGACUACGAGUACGAGAUUUCAUUUAAAUUUUUUUCGCGUAUUAUCAAAAAAUAGACAGCCCGGAAUUCUUCAUUGUACUUUUUUUCGCCAGAUAAGUUAGCACUGUUAUCGUUAUUGAAGGAGGUUAAGGCCUCUCCCGAUUGCAAAAUUAUAAAACUUCUAACAUUUGAUAACUUUUUCUCGCCACUACGACACUCUCGCUAAAACUCGUUGUGGAAUGACGACGGCUACCACGUUUUCCUGCCCAAAUGACGCCGGCUCACGCGCGAGCACUACUCGGUCUCUGAUAGUUAUAAACAUCUUGAAAGACUGAUAAACAUCAUUUUUGCCGUCUUUGCAUAAUUCUUCUUAAGAUAACCCAUUCAUUUGCAAGAUUAGCGGAAUUCAGAAAUUGCAUUGCAUUGUAUAUGUAUACGUGUCGUUUUCUUAUUUUCUUUCAAGUAUUGUUUAUCUAUGAUCUUGGGUAUUAGAUAAUGAGUUGGAAAUAUUGGAAAGAACAAUAAAAUUGAUAAAAUUGAAAUGUAGAAAUAUAGUUUUUAAUGCUCUUGUUCCCUCUUUUCAGAAUCGUUUCAGAUUCUUUGAAGGAGCGCCCUCGUGCACGAAAACCUGAUUAUUUGAGAGAGUCCUUUGAUCUUGCCCAACUCACAAAAGCGGCAAAUGUACCACCGACCGUUCCACCCAAACCAUUUUCAACUUUGAGCGAUUCUGAGACAUUACCACGCAUUUCCGCACCCCGCCCGUGUGAUCAAAUGAGGAGCAAUAUUCAUCCCCACCAGAGGACUCCUCGGGAAGAGUCGAUCGUGUUUCCCUCAUCUUCAGCUUCAUCUUCUGUUAGAGACGCGGAUGGUCAGAACUUUUAAAUGUUGCUUUUUUUCUCAUCUUUGUUUUCUUUACUUCAUUAUUAUGAUAACUUAACGAGCUGCAGACAAAGCACAAGUGAGCAUAUUUGGAAAAAUUAGCCCUUAUCGGUAUUUUUUUAAAUCAUGUGUUAUAUUUGCAUUAAUUAAGCUAUAUUUAAAAGAACUCACCUAGGUCUCAGAUCCUGUAAGGUCGCUUUGCAUCAGCCUGAAACGGAUCCCUAGUCAACCCGCUCAGAGGAAAGAUUCCCGAAGACCUUCUGAGUAUAAUGGCCUCAUUGCGAUACAAUACUUGCGAAUAUACCUUAAGCUUAAAUGACUGCACUGAAGCACAGUUGAUACACAAAGACUAAUUUAACAGACUGGAGUGACAUGCCAUUUUCAACUCUUUUUUGUUUGUUUGUUUGUUUGUUUUUAUUUUUAGACUCAACGAAAGCUGCUUUUAGUGAAAGGAACAUGAUCUUCCAAAGCCAACUUUCAGGCCAGUUAAAAAGACGUCUGCCGAACCAUUUGUCCCCACGGAAAGGGUACGAGGAGCCCACAGAGGACCUAUGUUAAUGCCUCCCUCAUCCUUCAUUUUACCUGCUCGCAGUAGAGAAACUUCAAGGAAGUCUUCUUUGCCUGACGAAGCUGUGGUACGAGCUUUCAACUCCUCCCAUCCUGCAUCUACACCGCGCACCUCCCCAGACAGUCAAAAUCAGAUGGAGUUUAGCCCUUCCUCGGAAGCCUCGUCAUCAAGUAGAGGUUUGCAGGAGGAUGAAGAUAGAGAAGACAACAGCAGUGUAGAGUACUGCAAUGAAGACGAAGAGAGUUGAGAAAUGGUGGAAAUGGAAAACGAGGAAAUGGAAGAAGUGUUGGGAAAGACGGAGUGUGAAGGAAAGGAAAAGGGUGAGGAUACAUCCGAUGGAGAACAAGUGGACGAGGGUCGUGAAUCAAAGGAAGUGCGAGAGCAGACAGUAAGGAAUCAACUGUUUCAUCAGCAAAGAGAUCGAGGAAAUCUUCAGGAACGAAUUGCUGCCAUGAAGAAUACACUGCACGAAUUUCAAGAAUUAAAGACGGGUUACAGGUGAGUGAACAACUAGCGAUGGUUGAUGAAGUUUUGUUGUUUCUUGUUAGAUUAUGAUGAUGAUCAUAGUCAUAUUGUGGGUACGAUAGUGACAAACGACAUUGUCUACUAUCAUGCACUCCCCUCACAAAAGAAAAAACUGCUAAUCGUAGAUAACAAUUCAUGAUGACUAUUUUUAUAUCAAAAUGCCUUAAAUUUGUGAUUACAUUCGCGCUUUAUCUUACUACUAGUAGAACCAAAGUGAGAUACAAAAUCGUUUUCGGGUAAUUCUCUUAUUAUGUACUUUUUUUCUAGUCGUAAGAAGAAACAGCGGGAUCAAUUGUCCAUUUGGGUUCAGGAGCAGAGAGAAAACCUAGGAUCAAACCACUUGGACGAAGAGUUCUGGCAAACUGAACAGUGUUUGGACGAGGUAACGAACGUUGAAAUAGUGAUACUGUAAGUAUUAUGCCAUUUUCAAGCGUGGCCAAGGAGUUGAUCUCGGUACUGUCUAGAAACAAAUCCAGUGAGCAAUCAGUGCGUUGGUUACCUAGAGGGAUUUUGUUAGCUUGUACACGAACCGACUCGCGAAAGAAGAAAUAAAAUUCUUUGUCAACCAGGGCAGGCUUCAAUUGAACUCGGGAAUUUGGGAUUAUGUGCAAGUGCAGCGCUCGGGCCGCUCGGCGAUGCUGCUUCCUUUUCCAUGAAUGUUCUUUUUUGUUUGAAAAUGUCAUGACUUUGUUGUUGUUUUGUUCGGAUGAACGACAUUUUCACUGCGUUUGCGUAAAUUGAGAUGGUUAAACAUUGAUUGUCAUUACUGAGAAUGUGUUUUGUUGUUUAGUUAGUUGAACGAAGAAGUUACAGAGAUGGCGCAAAGAAUAAAACAAAAUCGACCACUUGUUGAAGAAGUAGCAGCAUGCAUCCGCGAACUUAUUCACAAAUCUGCAUUAGGAUCUUUUACCUAG